AUGUAUCGGUGCGUUCGAGUCGCUGCACCCGAUAACAUGCUGCAAUGCAUAUUGUGGCGUAACUCGCCAGAAGAUGAAUUCAGCGUUUAUAAGCUGGAUACAGUUACAUAUGGAACCAAGCCAGCAGCGUUUCUGGCCAUACGGGCAAUGCAUCAGCCCGCCUCGGAUGAGUCCUCAUCUUACCCCUUAGGUGCACAAAUCGUUAUGCGCGACUUCUACGUAGAUGAUCUGAUAUCUGGUGGAAACACGGUAGAAGAAGUACUCGAAAUCAGGCAUCAAACGACCAGCCUCCUCGCUCGUGGCAAUUUCCGCUUACGGAAGUGGUGCUCCAAUAGCCAGGAGGUCCUGGGUGAUAUCCCUGAUGCUGAUAGGGAAAGUUUCCUGAAAUUUGAUGACGGUAGCAACAUCACCAAAGCGUUGGGUCUUGAAUGGGAUCCACUCAAGGAUAGUUUCUUGUUUGCUUUCACUCCCCGAAUUGCACCUGACAGAAAUUCCAAACGUUCUGCAUUGUCUGCCAUAGCUCGUUUCUAUGAUCCACUUGGACUUAUUGGUCCGACUCUAACCAAGGCGAAAAUUAUUCUGCAGCUUAUGUGGAGGGACAAACUUGAGUGGGACGAGAGCCUACCGCAAUCGCUUGAUACAGCUUGGUCUGCGUUCUGCAAGGACUUCGUCGACGUACAUCACUUAUCAUUCCCGCGUUACAUCGGAGUCACACAUGAAGUUCACGCAUUUUGCGAUGCCAGCCUCGAGGCAUACGGCGCUUGUAUUUAUGCUCGCUCAAUCCAAGAUGGCAACAUUCAAGUUCAUCUAUAG